AAGUGAUCUGUCAGAUUAUUUUUACAAUAACUAUUUGUAUAUUUUGUUGACAGAUGAAGAUAUGAAUAAUGAAAAUUUAUACAGCGGACUGCCUCGACCCUCCAAAAUGCACCAUAUGACGUCAGAUUUUAUGACGUCAUGGACUUCACCUAACAGUCACAUUCUACCACUACGUCGAUUCCUGGAGUCCUGUGUAGGGCAGGAUCUGCGAUAUAAUUACGACGAUGAGUGUUUUCAACUGACUAUGACGUACAAGAAUCCACCAAUCGGGUGUAAACAAUCCUAUGCGAAUGGUUUGAGGAUGUUGAAAUCAGCAUAUUAGAUUUUAGUGAUUUGCACAAACGUUUUUUUUUCAAAUUGUAGAUUUUAGAACAAGACAUUUGUUUAUUUUAGCAAAAGAACAUAUAGUUGGAAAUCUGGCGGGCUUAUAUUAAAUAUUUAUGUGAAAUAUAUAUAAUAGUCUACAUAAUCAUUUUAUUGAUUCAAUCUGAAAUCAACAAAAACAUAACAAUCUUAUUGCAAAUUCGCAGAUUUAUAUUGAUGUUCAUGCUUAGAUGUAGCUAUAACCAUUCAUCGAUAUUCUGUUUCAUAGUUUGUGUUAUUGCUAAUUAGAAAUACUUCAGUUGGGUAUAAGCAAUUUAUCUAAAUAGACAACUCUGUUUUGGUAGAAAACUAUAAUAACGGUAUUUUCUCAAAUAUACU